AUGAAUAUCAACAAAUACUUGGUAAUACUUUUCUUAUGCUUUGUAACAUUCAAAUCUGUUCAUGUUUUGUCACGGUCCGAAAUCAACAAGUCACAAUAUAAUCAAAUCAAUGCUAAUCCAAUUCUUAUUGAAAUUACUUGGACAGCUUAUGAUUACGAUCUUCAUACAAUUCCUUCUUUACAACUUGUUACAAAUCCUCUUGUGUCUCGUCAAUUUUCACCAAUUACUGUUGCUGAACUUGAUCCACCAUCAGGUUUAUUUCAAUGUAGUAAUGUUGGUGAAAAUUAUUCAAUACAUUUAUCAUGUGAACAAGGUGACGGUGUAAUAAGUAAAAUUGAUUUUGCAUCAUUUGGAACAGCUAUAGGUGCUUGUGGUCAAAUGAAACAAGGUACAUGUAAUGCAGCAAAUACUUCAGAUAUUAUUCAACGAGCAUGCAUUGGACAACAAAAAUGUAGUGUUAUAGCAAGUACUGAUCUUUUUGGAGAUCCUUGUGUAGGUAUACCCAAACGAUUGUUAGUUCAAAUUGAAUGUAAUCCAUCACAAAAUAAUACCUAUUGGGAUUUCACUCAUAUGGAUCCAAUGUUAGAAGAUUUUCUUGAGGCAACUGAUGGUCAUUCACGUAUUAUUUCAUUUUCUACUCAACCUACAUGGCUCUUUCAACAAGAUACACCACAUAUUUAUCCAGAUAAUGCAACAUAUGUUGAUUGGGGAUAUUCAGUUGGAACGAAAUUCGUUGAUGAUACAAUGCAUGCUUUAGGUGAUUAUUAUGGACGUUUGUUUGCUUGGUAUACACGCGGUGGUUUUAUAGAUGAAUAUGGUUUAAAACAUAAUUCAGGAUAUGAAUAUGAUUGGGAUUAUACAGAAAUAUUUAAUGAAGUUGAAGCAGAACAUCAAAUGACUGUUGAAUAUUAUACUCGUGCAUAUGAUGCUGUUAUUCAAGGUAUUCGACGACAUACAAAUAAUUAUGAUAUGAAAUAUGUCGGCAUGGCAUUGGAAUAUCACAAUGAAUUUGAUUGGUAUCGGUAUUUUUUAAAUCAUUCAAAUCAUGCACCUGAUAUACCACUUGAUAUGAUUUCGUAUCAUUUUUAUGCAAUUGGAAGUUCACGUAUUGAUCCUCAAAGUUGGGAAUCAUUUUUUAGUCAACUUGAUACAUUUACAUUUGAAGUUGAAGAAAUUGAAGAAAUUCGAAAAAUUCUUUCACCAGAAACACGAACAACUAUUGAUGAAUUAGGUGUUAUUCUUCCGGAUGAUAAUAAUCCAAAUGCACCAUUAUUUCCAUUAGUUUAUUGGAAUGCAGCUGCUGCACUAUAUGCUUAUACAUGGGGAAAAAUAUCUCGAUAUGAUAUUAAUGUAGUCGGACAUAGUCAACUUGUUGGUUAUCCACAAUUACCUGAUCUUCAACUUCAACCUCAAUAUCCAAGUGUUGCUUUACUCAAUUGGACAACAGUUGAUAUUAACAAUGAUCAAGCUGUUACAACUCGAACAUCGGAUAUUGAUAAUCAAAAUAUUUUUAGUCAAGCAUUUAUGAGUAAAAAUAAUAAUCGACGAUGGGUUUUGAUUAUUAAUAAACGAUAUACUAAUGUUGACGUAUUUUUACCUGGAUGUACUGGUGGUCGUAUGCAAAUUAUUAAUGAAGCAUCAGGUUUUGGGCCAGCUACUGAAGUUACAUUAACAUUGAGUCGAAUAACAUUAAGUCCAUUUGCUGUUGCUAUCGUUCAUAUGCCUGCUGCAGAGAAUAAACUUUAA